AAUUCAAGAUUCUGGACAUCACGACUGACCUUUCUGCCCCUCGGUUCUUAGCGGAAAACGUGCAACACCCAGUGGGCCAGUUGACCUGUGACAAUCAGAAAGACCCCGUUGCAACUCUUGUGACGGACAGGUAUCCAAGUUUAUCUGACAACAUUGAAAUUUGCCCACGUAUGGCGUCGGAUGACAUUUGGAAAGUCUGUGAAUUGGGUGAGAAAACAAUAAAGAGCCAUGCCAGGACUACUUUGAGCACAGAUGAAAAAGUUCUAAUCAUGCUGCCAAGGAGUGAUUCUACCACAGCAGAGUUCAUAGAGGUCCACGUGCUGGACGGCAGUUCCAUCACCAUAGUCAGCGCCAGCACCCAGACAGACUGGGAGUGGGUGGAGCAGGCACUCACAGACAGCUGUCAAGUUCAAAGUGAAGUGGAGAGGUUUGAGCCAAAAGCCUCAUCACAGACAGUCCCCCAGAGUAUAGUUAUUGGGCCAGAUUCAGAGGUUAAGAAUGAAGAGACAGAUAUGGAGAAGGAAAAUGAGUUGUAUGGUAUACCUAAUGUGGGGCCACCUUCCAUGUUGGCCUACAAACCAGAGUCGAAACAACCGCCUGUUCAUUUUGAAAAGAUCCCAGUGUUGUCCAUCUCUGGAUCCAAUGAGGCUCAGUCCAAACGGAAAAUAGAGUUUGUUCAAUGUGACUACUGCCAGCAACCCUGUAACCCUUURAUACGCCGGGAACAAUUGGAAAAUAAUCGUGACUUGGAAUUGCUCUUUUGCUGUGAACGGGCUCAGAAAAUGCGAGCGUUUCUCCUGGAAGAGGAGCGGGCCUUAGCUGCCCGGGAGAUGAACAGGAAGAUUGAUGUGGGCCCUCACCCACCCUUCAUGAACAAACACGAGAAGAGAGCUGCAAAGGAGCGGGRAGAGCAGAGGUUGCGGGAAUGGGAACUUCAGAAGGUCCUGAAGAAAGGCAAUCAGAACCGAUUUUUUUCAGGUCAGAUCAAAACCAUCUCCUACAGACUGUCCAAUGAGGUUUGGACUAUCCGAGAAGAGUCUCACUUCCCUAAGUUGGACAUCAUGAACUCGUCAGAUAUCUUCACCCUCCAGGGGGAGACGGACAGGCAGCACAGAGAGAGGAGAAUACAUUUGCUUCUGAGGUUUUAUCCAAAUGGCAAACCCUUCAUCACGUUAUAUCCAGACGGAACAGGUAAUGUGUUGUAUCUUUUUUUAUUUAAGGGACUCGGGCACCAGGCAAUUGUACAACAGUUUAGCAAUAAGUUCCUUAGUGAAAACAAAGCUAUCCAUCUGGGAACGUUGCUAUCAUCAUCUCCUCUGUGGAGGCUGCUGACUUCACCUAUAUAAUCAUGGAGGACAAGGACUUAGAGCCAAACCUUGAGGCCAUGUUUACAACCAGAGGCCAGUCUACGUGCUACCACCCCAAUGGACUUAUAUGGGUGAACCUGACCCAGCUGGGAGGCUCCUGCUGCAGUGACACCGGGGCUCUGAGACGACGCUGGAACUGGCUGGACCUUGAGCCUCACAUCCAAACCCCUCCCUUCCAGCCCAUCUGUCUGGUCCUGGGUAGCCACAUCAGCCUCCGCAUCCAGUCCCAGGAACGCAUCUACCUCACGUUCUCCUCUCACCAAAGCAGAGUGCGUUUCAACGUGGGCUCCAAACUCAAGCUAACCCAUCCAGAAGGCCUAGUGAUGCCGGGGCCAGACAUCCUGCAGCAACAUCUCCAAAUGAAAAGCCUGGAGAUUUACACUCUGCUGGACCGGAUGCAGACCUGCAUGGCCUACCAGCACUCGGCCAAUCCCCACAACAUUAAGCCCCAGUACAGCCUCGUUGCCCAGAUGCAGAGACUCAAGAGACAGAUGGAAAAACAGAGCUCGCCCAAAAAGACCAAAGCUCUCAUGGCCCCUAAGGACUUAUAACAACUGACAACUCAAAGCCUGUGUUCUAGAAUACAUCUCGUUGCUAUGAAACCAAGGCAUUUAGCAUUUAUUCUAAUUAGAAAUAAAUUCAGUAGCCAUGUGUAGCUAUGCUAAAAUGUUAGAAAAGUUUCUUGUCAGAUACAUUUUGAAUAGAUGUAAUGGUUGACCCAUUGUGCAAAUUAAGAAAUUAGUCAGCGGUCUAAGGAAAAUGACGAAUGAGGCACCUCAUUCUUUAAUCACAAGUAGGCCUAGAAGAUUCAGUUCAGGUCCCAACAACCCUUGAACCCAACAAUCCUUGAACCCAACAACCCGUGCAUAGGUUACAGCAGCCGUUUAAUGGUGCUGGUCGGCUGUAGAGCAGCCAGGCAACUUGAAGGAUGUGGAGUAAUGCAGCCGAAUGGACUCGGAGCCCGGGAGAAUCCAGGAAAUCUGCAAACAGGAUAAUAAUGUUUCGACUGCUAGUUUUAUACUGACCCGGUGCAGGUAUCAUAGCUAAUCAACUCUGAAUCUUCAAUAGAAAUAGGCCAUGGUAGACAGAACCUUAAUUACUCAUCUGUGCAGUAGCCUGAAGGUCAAAUGAUUGACCAUGACAUUUCUGAACAGUCUCUUCAGAGGAGCUGUAUCUGCAAUGUUAUGCCCACGGCAUUUACAUAAUUUAAGUAAAAAUAAAUCUUGUGAGUUAAUUUAAGAGUUGGCAUAUCAUAUUUUUCCAGAUUUUUUUUUUUUUAAGUAGAAGGGACAAAAAAUACAGUGCAAUGAGUUUUCAUGUCAGUGGCAUAAUGUUGACUUAUCUGAAUGCCUGGACCACAGCUAUGGGAAUGUGUGGAGGUCACAGACCGACUGGGUGGACCAGAGGAGACAUGAGGACAGUAGCCGAGAAUCUUCCUAAAAAACGAGGACCCGGGGAUGGAUACAUCCCUAGAUAAUGAAGUGUUGGCUGUACUCAGCAAGGAUCUCCAAACUGCCACAGCUUGCCAAGUAGAAACUAAAGAGUCACCAACACAUUUUGACACAUGCACAAGGGCAUCCUGCUCGGACUCCUCAGGGGAGCUCCUGGAAAGUGAGCUGGACUCUAUUACCUGUGAGUACUGCCAGCAGCACAGGAAGCCCCCAGAGACCAGCUAGUCAACAAUACAGACCCAGAGGAGAUGAGGCCUUCACAAACCACAUACACAACUCUAACACACAUCUAACUCAGCCAAUAAGCACAGACCUUUUUAUGUGAAACUGAAAUUAAUUCCAACCUGCAAAGAACCUUCAGUAACACACUGGAUAUAAUAUCCCUGGUUUGAUAGUUUGAAAUCUCCCAUUAGAGGCAGAGCCCUUUGUUAGGUUCACCUGCCACUUAGAUUGCUGAAAAAAUCACUUGUACGCAAUUUUAGAUGUCAAAAUCAAGAUUAUACAAUGAAUAGUAUU